AUGCUCUUCUCCUCCUCAAUACUGCUGCUGCUAUCAACAGUUUUCUCACAAGACAUUCCGCAAUAUGGACCAAUUAGUGCUCAUUUCGACUCAUGGCUGGAUAGGAACGGAUACGAAAAGUACGAAUAUGCACGAUUAGAUCUAGGAACUGCUGGAAGUUUCGGAGGAAUGUCCAGUGAAAUGCAAUAUUUUGAUACCACCAAAGACCCGGUAAUCUUCUUCCAUGGAAACUCGGACGCCGCCCUUACUGCCAACAAUUUCUCCACUGGAUGGACUUCUACUGUCGAGUACUUCCUGAACCAAGGCUACACUCUUGCCCAUCUCUACGGCACAUCCUGGGGAAACACGAAUACGACUGCAGCUGUCGAAAGGGACCAUGACUGUGUCACUGUAUUCCGGUUGAGAAAAUUUGUGGAAGCAGUGAUGGACUACACCGGAGCAAAGCAAAUUAACAUUAUUUCGCAUUCGAUGGGAGUAACUCUCGCCAGGAAAGUGAUUCUUGGAGGCUACAUCAAUGCUGACGACGGUUCCUGCAACAUUGGAAAACCAUUGGGAACCAAAGUCAGAGCAAUUUUGGGAAUCGCUGGAGCCAACUUUGGAUUGUGCGCAUGCGUUGGACAUUGGCUUGGAGUUGUUUGGCCAACUUGUAAUGAUGAUAACGGUUUGUGGCCUGGAGAGACAUGCUAUCCAACCAGAAUGGACGGAAUGUGCGCCACGUCUCCACUUCCAUAUCCAUGCAACGGAUUGACUUACUCCAAAUUCCUCAUGGAUCUCAACAACUCUCGCUUCAAACCAGCUCAACACAUUUUCAGCAUGUGGAGUAUGGGUGACGACUUGAUUGGAGACGGAAAUAUGGUCUGGGGACGUCCAACAAGUGAGAUUCCAAUGUCCGACGGAAACAAGAUCUACAAGAACUACUCCCACAUGGAAACUAAACUGAAUACAGCCGCCGACCAAUUCCACAUCAUCACCCAACUGAACAUUCCAGCAUAA